AUGUUUGCCAUGCUGACUGGGACGUUACCUUUCACUGUGGAGCCGUUUAACAUCAAGCAGCUGCAUCAGAAGAUGGUCAACGGAGAGAUAGGAACCAUACCCAACGAUAUCAGCAAAGGUACCACACACACACACACACACACACACACACACACAUCUCUCACAAACACACACACACACACACACACAUCAGGAGAGGGAGACAGACAUCACCUCACACACAGCCAUGUCAGCACAACAAACAGAGCUUGUGUUACCAUGGUGAGAAUGAGUACAGGUCCUGUUACCGUGGUGAGAAUGAGUACAGGUCCUGUUACCGUGGUGAUAAUGAGUACAGGUUGUGUUACCGUGGUGAUAAUGAGUACAGGUUUUAUUACUGGGGCUGACAAUUAGUACAGGUCGUGUUACCAUGGUGAUAAUGAGUACAGGUCUUAUUACCGUGGUGAUAAUGAGUACAGGUCGUGUUAUCAUGGUGAUAAUGAGUACAGGUUGUGUUACUGUGGUGAUAAUGAACAGGUCUUAUUACCAUGGUGAUAAUGAGUACAGGUCGUGUUACCGUGGUGAUAAUGAGUACAGGUCGUGCUACCGUGGUGAUAAUGAGUACAGGUUGUGUUACUGUGGUGAUAAUGAGUAGGGUCUUAUUACCAUGGUGAUAAUGACUAAAGCUUGUGUUACCGUGGUGAUGAUGACUAAAGCUUGUGUUACCGUGGUGAUAAUGAGUACAGGUUGUGUUACCGUGGUGAUAAUAAGUACAGGUGUGCUGGUCUAAGAGAUGAGAUCAGAUUAAUACAGCUGGUAAAAGACAGCAGUCUGAACACAUCACUAUCUACACAAGGCUAUCACACUCUCCAACUCACACUGGGCUGGAAUACAAACCUGCACUGCCAGUAACUCUCCAAGACAAGAAUUGGAGAUCCUGAGAACACUGGAACUCAGUACCUGUAGACUACAGCUGGAACUCAGUACCUGUAGACUACAGCUGGAACUCAGUACAUGUAGACUACAGCUGGAACUCAGUACCUGUAGACUACAGCUGGAACUCAGUACCUGUAGACUACAGCUGGAACUCAGUACCUGUAGACUACAGCUGGAACUCAGUACCUGUAGACUACAGCUGGAACUCAGUACCUGUAGACUACAGCUGGAACUCAGUACCUGUAGACUACAGCUGGAACUCAGCACCUGUAGACUACAGCUGGAACUCAGUACCUGUAGACUACAGCUGGAACUCAGUACCUGUAGACUACAGCUGGAACUCAGUACCUGUAGACUACAGCUGGAACUCAGUACCUGUAGACUACUGCUGGAACUCAGUACCUGUAGACCUCAGCUGGAACUCAGUACCUGUAGACUACAGCUGGAACUCAGUACCUGUAGACUACAGCUGGAACUCAGUACCUGUAGACUACAGCCGGAACUCAGUACCUGUAGACUACAGCUGGAACUCAGUACCUGUAGACUACAGCCGGAACUCAGUACCUGUAGACUACAGCCGGAACUCAGUACCUGUAGACUACAGCUGGAACUCAGUACCUGUAGACUACAGCUGGAACUCAGUACCUGUAGACCUCAGUUGGAACUCAGUACCUGUAGACCACAGCUGGAACUCAGUACCUGUAGACUACAGCUGGAACUCAGUACCUGUAGACUACAGCCGGAACUCAGUACCUGUAGACUACAGCCGGAACUCAGUACCUGUAGACUACAGCCGGAACUCAGUACCUGUAGACUUCAGCUGGAACUCAGUACCUGUAGACUACAGCCGGAACUCAGUACCUGUAGACUACAGCCGGAACUCAGUACCUGUAGACUACAGCUGGAACUCAGUACCUGUAGACUACAGCUGGAACUCAGUACCUGUAGACUACAGCUGGAACUCAGUACCUGUAGACUACAGCUGGAACUCAGCACCUGUAGACUACAGCUGGAACUCAGCACCUGUAGACUACAGCUGGAACUCAGUACCUGUAGACUACAGCUGGAACUCAGUACCUGUAGACUACAGCUGGAACUCAGUACCUGUAGACUACAGCUGGAACUCAGUACCUGUAGACUACAGCUGGAACUCAGCACCUGUAGACUACAGCUGGAACUCAGUACCUGUAGACUACAGCUGGAACUCAGUACCUGUAGACUACAGCCGGAACUCAGUACCUGUAGACUACAGCCGGAACUCAGUACCUGUAGACUACAGCCGGAACUCAGUACCUGUAGACUACAGCCGGAACUCAGUACCUGUAGACUUCAGCUGGAACUCAGUACCUGUAGACUACAGCUGGAACUCAGUACCUGUAGACUACAGCCGGAACUCAGUACCUGUAGACUACAGCUGGAACUCAGUACCAGUAGACUACAGCCGGAACUCAGUACCUGUAGACUACAGCUGGAACUCAGUACCUGUAGACUACAGCUGGAACUCAGUACCUGUAGACUACAGCUGGAACUCAGUACCUUUAGACUACAGCCCCAAUUCAAUGAAUCGCUCGCUCUCUCUCUCUCUCUCUCUCUCUCCCUCUCUCCCUCUCUCUCUCUCUCUCUCUCUCUCUCUCUCUCUCUCUCUCUCUCUCUCUCUCUCUCUCUCUCUCUCUCUCUCUCUCUCUCUCUCUCCCCCUCUCUUCAGGUGCAGUAGGUUUUGUUCUGUCCCUGUUGGAGCCAGAGCCUUUUAAACGGCCAACAAUCAGAUCAGCUAUGGAGGAAAAAUGGAUCAAUGAGGGAUACACCAAGAGACCUCUACACACACUCACACACAGGAACAGGUAACACACACCAAGAGACCUCUACACACAGGAACAGGUAACACACACCAAGAGACCUCUACACACAGGAACAGGUAACACACACCAAGAGACCUCUACACACAGGAACAGGUAACACACACCAAGAGACCUCUACACACAGGAACAGGUAACACACACCAAGAGACCUCUACACACAGGAACAGGUAACACACACCAAGAGACCUCUACACACAGGAACAGGUAACACACACCAAGAGACCUCUACACACAGGAACAGGUAACACACACCAAGAGACCUCUACACACAGGAACAGGUAACACACACUUGCACGUGUUGAGUCAUUCCUAAAUUGAGUCAGUUUUGGGGGCGAUCUCAGAGCUAACAGAGCCAGGCCAAGAGUAGCCUCUAGUUUCCCCUCAAACACUAUCCACACCGUUAAACACACUAUCCACACCGUUAAACACACACACUUUGCUCACCACAUCAUGUCUUCUUUGUCAUGUCAUCUCUUUACCAUCUGCCUCUAGGCACUCUUUCCAGAUUUGAUCAACUGUGCGUGCGUGCGUUUGUGUGUUUGUGUGAUUGUUUUGUCUGUGUCUGUGUGUCUCCGUCUCUGUCUCCAGGCUGCGUCCUGAGGAUCUGAACCAAUCCGUGCUGUCCUACAUGACAGAGUCUCUGGGUUACAGUCUGAGUGAUGUCAUCACCAUGCUGACCAAUAACAGGCCUUCUGCCGUCCUGGCCUCCUAUCACCUGCUGCUCAGCAAACUGACCCGCGGACAGAGAGGGGCCAGGGGCAUCAAGGUCUAUAAUACUCACACACCCCAGCUAGCACACAACGUUCUGAGGACCAUUUGGUUUCUUAGAGCUUGGUGAGAGCGUGGUUGUCCUAUGAUUCUUUUGCAUACAUCCUUCCCACAACUUUAUGGAAAUGGUGCAGGAUAGUUGCUUGGCUGUGGAACAUUCUCAUCACAUUUAAGGAACUUGACAAAAAAAAGUUACUUUAACAGAAAGUUUCCUGAAAGUUAAAACAUGGUUACAUUUCAUUUCAAUUUGACAUUGGGAACGUUUUCAAAUAGUUCAGAGAACAUUAAGAAACAAUGUUUUUCUGUGGGAGUUUCAGUACUUCAGCAUUAUGAUUCCUACAGGUUUCCUCAUGGUUCUAUUUAAUGUCAUGUUCUGAAAUUGCUCUGAGAACGUUAAGAAAACGUUCCAUAAAAACCACAAUAAAACUUUUGUAACAUUCAGAGAACGUUCUAAGAAUGUUAUUUAAAAACAUAUACAUUCCGUUCUCGGCAUCAACAAAAACUCUCUCUAUCCUCUAUAUUGUUAAAUGUGAUCUUAAUGAGUGCUUGUUUCCUUUGAAAUGGCGUGUGUUUGAAUAGACUCAAAUUAACAGCUUUUUAUUCGUAAAAAAACAAGGCAUUCCAUGGAUAGAAAGCCAGUAUGACGAUAGAGCUUUCAGGCUAGAAUGAAAAGCAGCCGGUGAAAGCCAGUAUGACGGUUAGCUUUCAGGCUAGAAUGAAAGGUGGCCGCUGCGUGGGAGAUAAAAUAUCUGUAGAGUUCAAAAUGUACUAGCGCUCAAAACCAUGAAAAGGAAUAACCCAAAGAGGCCAUGGAUAAAGAAGAUUAUAGGUUUGAAUCUCACUGAUGCAGAGCCACAAUAAAAAAGGAAUGUGUUUGCGUGAUUAAUGCCUAAGCAAAUGAAUUUCCAUGUGUCCUACCUGUGCUUGGAGUUUUAAAAAAAGUGAACCCAAAAUAAGCUUAAAAGUCUUAUGGAAACAUUCAGUGAAAGGAAGUUAUAUAAAAAAAAAUCAAAAUAACCUAUAAUUUCCUAAAAAUAAACGUUCCCAGAAUAGGUCAAAUUUUCACUUCUGUUCUCAGAAAAAACGUUCAGCUUUACCGGUCAGGAAACGUAUGGCUUCAUUCCCACAACCAAUGUGAAACUAAAAACAUACGUUCUCACAACUUCCAAGGAACCAAAUGUGCUAGCUGGGACAGACACAGCUCCAGUGUGUGUGUUGUUUAUUGUGUUGUUUAUUGUGUUGUUUAGUGUGUUGUUUAUUGUGUUGUUUAUUGUGUUGUUUAGUGUGUUGUUUAUUGUGUUGUUUAUUGUGUUGUUUAUUGUGUUGUUUAUUGUGUUGUUUAUUGUGUUGUUUAUUGUGUUGUUUAUUGUGUUGUUUAUUGUGUGUGUGACAGAAACUGGACACCAGUGAAUGGAACCUGCCCAGUAAUCCCACCUGGAGAGAGAAGAGCAGCACUGCAGCCAGGACACAGCAACAUGUAAAUAUAAUACUGUACUAUACUAUACUAUACUAUGAUACUAUAUACAGUGGCUUGUGAAAAUAUUCGCCCCCCUUGGCAUUUUUCCUAUUUUGUUGCCUUACAAUCUGGAAUUAAAAUUGAUUUUUGGGGGGUUUGUAUAAUUUGAUUUACACAACAUGCCUACCACUUUGAAGAUGCAAAAUAUGUUUUAUUGUGAAACAAACAAGAAAGAAGACAAAAACACAGAAAACUUGAGCGAGCAUAACUAUUCAGUCAAUACUUUAUAGAGCCACCUUUUGCAGCAAUUACAGCUGCAAGUCUCUUGGGGUAUGUCUCUAUAAGCUUGGCACAUCAAGCCACUGGGACUUUUGCCCAUUCUUCAAGGCAAAACUGCUUCAGCUCCUUCAAGUUGGAUGGGUUCCGCUGGUGUACAGCAAUCUUUAAGUCAUACCACAGAUUCUCAAUUGGAUUGAGGUCUGGGCUUUGACUAGGCCAUUCCAAGACAUUUAAAUGUUUCCCCUUAAACCACUCAAGUGUUGCUUUAGCAGUAUGCUUAGGGUCAUUGUUCUGCUGGAAGGUGAACCUCCGUCCCAGUCUCAAAUCUCUGGAAGACUGAAACAGGUUUCCCUCAAGAAUUUCUCUGUAUUUAGCGCCAUUCAUCAUUCCUUCAAUUCUGACCAGUUUCCCAGUCCCUGCCGAUUAAAAACAUCCCCACAGCAUGAUGCUGCCGCCACCAUGCUUCACUGUGGGGAUGGUGUUCUCAGGGUGAUGAGAGGUGUUGGGUUUGCACCAGACAUAGCGUUUUCCUUGAUGGCCAAAAAGCUAGAUUUUAGUCUCAUCUGACCAGAGUACCUUAUUCCAUAUGUUUGGGGAGUCUCCCACAUGCCUUUUGGCAAACACCAAACGUGUUUGCUUCUUUUUUUCUUUAAGCAAUGGCUUUUUUCUGGCCACUCUUCCAUAAAGCUCAGCUCUGUGGAGUGUACGACUUAAAGUGGUCCUAUGGACAGAUACUCCAAUAUCCGCUAUGGAGCUUUGCAGCUCCUUCAGGGUUAUCUUUUGUCUCUUUGUUGCCUUUCUGAUUAAUGCCCUCCUUGCCUGGUCCGUGAGUUUUGGUGGGCUGCCCUCUCUUGGCAGGUUUGUUGUGGUGCCAUAUUCUUUCCAUUUUUUUAUAAUGGAUUUAAUGGUGCUCCGUGGGAUGUUCAAAGUUUCAGAUAUUUUUUUAUAACCCAACCCUGAUCUGUACUUCUCCACAACUUUGUCCCUGACCUGUUUGGAGAGCUCCUUGGUCUUCAUGGUGCCGCUUGCUUGGUGGUGCCCCUUGCUUAGUGGUGUUGCAGACUCUGGGGCCUUUCAGAACAGGUGUAUAUAUACUGAGAUCAUGUGACACUUAGAUUGCACACAGGUGGACUUUAUUUAACUAAUUAUGUGACUUCUGAAGGUAAUUGGUUGCACCAGAUCUUAUUUAGGGGCUUCAUAGCAAAGGGGGUGAAUACAUAUGCACGCACCACUUUUCCAUUAUUAAUUUUUUAGAAUUGUUUGAAACAAGUAAUUAUUUUCAUUUCACUUCACCAAUUUGGACUAUUUUGUGUAUGUCCAUUACAUUACCAAAUAAAAACCCAUUAAAAUGACAGGUUGUAAUGCAACAAAAUUGGAAAAACGCAAAGGGGGAUGAAUACUUUUGCAAGGCACUGUAGUGCUUUACAUUACACUAUAUAGAAGAGCAACCCUGCAGCCACGGCACAGCAACAGGCAGGUUAAUGUAACUACUAAGCCCACUUCCAUCUUUGGAUAUAAAAAUAUUUAAAAAAGAAAAACCUUUUCUGCUGUUUAAUGUUUCAACUAAUUAAUUUGGUUGUUAUAUCCAUAACUUUUAUUUUAUUCUAAGCCAAUCAGAUGUUUUAUUAUUCAGUUAUUGACAGUUAUGUGUAAGUUAUCCACUAGUGGCCAAUUUCAAAGCUGCAAAUAAACUUUUGUGUUGAGGCAACCCUCAGAUAAACACAGAUAUUUUUUGUAAUUUCUCAAAUAAGUGAUCAUACUUUAUGAAAAUUAAGAGAUGAAUAUACUGAUAUAUGCACAUGAUAGAAUAUUUCAUGAGCAUUCAUUACUACUUCUUGCCAAUUGAAAAUAAAUCUGUUUUUUCCCAUGCUAGCAGUCGUGCCUGCAUGCUACAGUCACACAGAAGCAACAGAUAAACGAUUUCAGGCAUUCACAGCUAACAUUUGAAAUGCAUUUAGUGUCAUUUUACUGUUAAAUGAACUUUGCAUUGAUAUAUAUAGAUGCCAUUUUUGUAAAUGUGACAUUUAUCUCAGGUGGGCUUUAAGGGUACAAGGCACUCCCUCUAUACAGAGCGUAAAUGACAAUGAAGAAAUGUUGUUCAAUAUGAUCAAGACUAAUGUUGCAUAAUAUUUUAGUCUAUAGUAAAUAUUUAUUCCCUAAACCAUUGGUUUCCAAAUAUUUUAUGAGUAGAUUUUGCUAUUCAGACUUUUUCACCAUAAAUCACUGUUAUUCCAAUUAAACCCAGUAUGCUCCUAUUAAACCCAGUAUGCUCCUAUUAAGCCCAGUAUGCUCCUAUUAAACCCAGUAUGCUCCUAUUAAGCCCAGUAUGCUCCUAUUAAACCCAGUAUGCUCCUAUUAAACCCAGUAUGCUCCUAUUAAACCCAGUAUGCUCCUAUUAAGCCCAGUAUGCUCCUAUUAAGCCCAGUAUGCUCCUAUUAAACCCAGUAUGCUCCUAUUAAACCCAGUAUGCUCCGAUUAAGCCCAGUAUGCUCCUAUUAAACCCAGUAUGCUCCUAUUAAGCCCAGUAUGCUACUAUUAAACCCAGUAUGCUCCUAUUAAGGCCAGUAUGCUCCUAUUAAGCCCAGUAUGCUCCUAUUAAGCCCAGUAUGCUCCUAUUAAGCCCAGUAUGCUCCUAUUAAACCCAGUAUGCUCCUAUUAAGCCCAGUAUGCUCCUAUUAAGCCCAGUAUGCUCCUAUUAAACCCAGUAUGCUCAUAUUAAGCCCAGUAUGCUCCUAUUAAACCCAGUAUGCUCAUAUUAAGCCCAGUAUGCUCCUAUUAAACCCCAGUAUGCUCCUAUUAAGCCCAGUAUGCUCCUAUUAAACCCAGUAUGCUCCUAUUAAGCCCCAGUAUGCUCCUAUUAAGCCCCAGUAUGCUCCUAUUAAGGGCAGUAUGCUCCUAUUAAGCCCAGUAUGCUCCUAUUAAGCCCCAGUAUGCUCCUAUUAAGGGCAGUAUGCUCCUAUUAAGCCCAGUAUGCUCCUAUUAAGGCCAGUAUGCUCCUAUUAAGCCCCAGUAUGCUCCUAUUAAGCCCAGUAUGGUCCUAUUAAGCCCAGUAUGGUCCUAUUAAGCCCCAGUAUGGUCCUAUUAAGGGCAGUAUGCUCAUAUUAAGCCCAGUAUGCUCAUAUUAAGGCCAGUAUGCUCCUAUUAAGCCCCAGUAUGCUCCUAUUAAGCCCAGUAUGGUCCUAUUAAGCCCAGUAUGGUCCUAUUAAGCCCAGUAUGGUCCUAUUAAGCCCAGUAUGCUCCUAUUAAGCCCAGUAUGGUCCUAUUAAGCCCAGUAUGCUCCUAUUAAGCCCAGUAUGCUCCUAUUAAGCCCAGUAUGCUCCUAUUAAGCCAGUAUGCUCCUAUUAAGUGCAGUAUGCUCCUAGUAAGCCCAGUAUGCUCCUAUUAAACCCAGUAUGCUCCUAUUAAGCCCAGUAUGCUCCUAUUAAGGGCAGUAUGCUCCUAUUAAACCCAGUAUGCUCCUAUUAAACCCAGUAUGCUCCUAUUAAACCCAGUAUGCUCCAAUUAAACCCAGUAUGCUCCUAUUAAGCCCAGUAUGCUCCUAUUAAACCCAGUAUGCUCCUAUUAAGCCCAGUAUGCUCCUAUUAAGCCCAGUAUGCUCCUAUUAAGCCCCAGUAUGCUCCUAUUAAGCCCAGUAUGCUCCUAUUAAGCCCAGUAUGGUCCUAUUAAACCCAGUAUGCUCCUAUUAAGCCCAGUAUGCUCCAAUUAAGCCCAGUAUGAUCCUAUUAAGGCCAGUAUGCUCCAAUUAAACCCAGUAUGCUCCUAUUAAGGCCAGUAUGCUCCUAUUAAACCCAGUAUGCUCCAAUUAAACCCAGUAUGCUCCUAUUAAGGCCAGUAUGCUCCUAUUAAACCCAGUAUGCUCCUAUUAAACCCAGUAUGCUCCUAUUAAGCCCAGUAUGGUGUCUUUACCAAGAUUAGAAACUAUUAGAAACUAUUAGAAAGCUCUGUUCUCUCUCCAAGACGUCUGGAGUGGACAGGAAGUGGUUGAUGCAGAGAGAGUAGAACAAGACCUGGGUUGAGAGACAACAGGGACAGAAGACCUACAGUGGUGGACAAGACGCUAACAAAUGAGGGACAAAAAGAUGACUAUUGGGCGACUACUCAUGCACUUUGGGGUGGGGGCAUUGUCAUAUUGUUGUCCUUCAUUCAUCCAGGUGAUUCUGUUUUUUGGUCCACCACCUGUAACUUUUUAAUACACAAUAGAGAGGGAGAUUUGAAACUGUCUUCAGAUACACUUUAGGAAGACAAGUUUAAUUACUUGACAAGAAUAGCUGUACAGCAAAUGUAAAAAAAAAACAGCUUUCAGAUAAUUCAUUGAAAGUUGUGUGUGUUAUGGUCUUUGUGCAUGGCUUCUUCUCCACAGAGGGCCAGUCUGGGUGCAGGUUUGUGUUCUAACCAAGCAAUAACACACCUGGUUCAACUAAUCAUGUCUUGAUUGAAGUCUAUGAUUGGUUGAUUAGUUGAAUCAGGUGUGUACUGUUUGGCAAGAACAAAAGCCUAAAUUCACCUUGAUCUCUGUGGAUACGAUUGGACAACCCCCUGUUAUAAGUGCUAUUCACAUUUUACAUAAGAAAUGUCAGUUUGUAAGUUGUGAACAUUUUGAAAAUAAUUCAAAUGAUUCAAAUUCAAAUAAUUCAAAUGAGGUGUGCUUAUUUGGAACACCCAUGGGCUGAAAGGGUACACUCUGUACAUUACCCUUAAGCCCAGUCCCGACAUUUCACAGAUUUGAUCAAAUACUUGUAUGUCUUAUUAAAAUAAAUUGUAAGUAAAGUCAUGAAACAUCAGGACAGAUUCACCUUUCAUUUGAUCUCCACGUUUCUUACAAGAAUUAGGGCAGUAUGUUAGAAAUGUCUAAACUUAGAUUUUGGUGGGCUUAAUAUCUACACUAUAUACUACUAUACACUAUAUACUACACAUAUGAUAUACUAUAUACUACUAUACACUAUAUACUACACUAUGAUACUAUAUACUACUAUACACUAUAUACUGCACUAUGAUAUACUAUAUACUAUUAUACACUAUAUACUGCACUAUGAUAUACUAUAUACUACUAUACACUAUAUACUACACUAUGAUAUACUAUAUACUACACUAUGAUAUACUAUGUACUACUAUACACUAUAUACUACACAUAUGAUAUACUAUAUACUACUGUACACUAUAUACUACACUAUGAUAUACUAUAUACUACUAUACACUAUAUACUACACUAUGAUAUACUAUAUACUACUAUACACUAUAUACUACACAUAUGAUAUACUAUAUACUACUAUACACUAUCUACUACUAUACACUAUAUACUACACAUAUGAUACUAUAUACUACUAUACACUAUAUACUACACAUAUGAUACUAUAUACUACUAUACACUAUAUACUACACAUAUGAUAUACUAUAUACUACUGUACACUAUAUACUACACUAUGAUAUACUAUAUACUACUAUACACUAUAUACUACACUAUGAUAUACUAUAUACUACUAUACACUAUAUACUACACAUAUGAUAUAAUACUACUAUAUCACUAACUAUACACUAUAUACUACACUAUAUACUAUGAUACUACUAACCUAUAUACUACACAUAUGAAUACUACUAUACUACUAUACACUAUAUACUACACAUAUGAUAUACUAUAUACUACUAUACACUAUAUACUACACAUAUGAUAUACUAUAUACUACUAUACACUAUAUACUACACUAUGAUAUACUAUAUACUACUAUACACUAUAUACUACAAUAUAAUACUAUAUACUACUAUACACUAUAUACUACACAUAUGAUAUACUAUAUACUACUAUACACUAUAUACUACACAUAUGAUAUACUUUAUAGAAGAGCAACAUCUCAGUCAGGACACACUACAUCCUUUCUACUUCUAUGUAAUACUAUACAACACUACACAGCAGGCACCAAGGCUCAGCCAAUCACUGUGUUGUAGACUGAGCCAGCCAAUGAGAAGGUCUCUAAGCAGUCCAGCCGGCCCCCGAGGAGCCAACCACAGCCCCCAGAGGAGGAAUGUCUCUGCAACAAGAGGAGACAGGAAGGCCCUCCCACAGAGUCCCGCCCCUCCUCCACCUCUCUCCCCCCUUGUCUCCCUUCCCCCUGCCCCACGCCUCUCAUUGAUGAAGAGAUCACCAUCACUCUGUUCCCUGAAGGUAGGAGACACACACACACACACACACACACACACACACACACACACACACACACACACACACACACACACACACACAGACACACACAGAAACACACCAACCCCCACACACACACACACAGACACAGAAACACACCAACCCACACACACACACACACACACAGACACAGAAACACACCAACCCACACACACACACACACAGAAACACACCAACCCACACACACACACACACACACACACAGACACAGAAACACACCAACCCACACAAACAAAAACACCUUUGUUACACUUCUGUAUUCUAGGCUACUGUCCUUACUCCCAAAGUGUGCACUUGUUCACUUCGCUUUACUGAUUUGAAAGGAAAUGUUUUGUGUUAGGUUGUGUUGUUACUCAUUCACCUGUCUGUAAUGUGUUCUAGUCUCUGUGCUCUGUGUUAUAGUCUCUGUGCUCUGUGUUCUAUUCUCUGUGUUCUGUGUUCCAGACUCUGAGAUCUGUGUUCUAGUCUCUGUGUUAUAAACUAUGUGCUCUGUGUUCUAGUCUCUGUGUUCUGUGUUCUAGUCUCUGUGUUCUGUGUUCCAGACACUGUCUUCUGUGUUCCAGACUCUGAGUUCUGUGUUCUAGUUUCUGUGUUCUAGUCUCUGUGUUCUGUGUUCUAGUCUCUUUGAUAUGUGUUCCAGACUCUGUGCUCUGUCUUCUAGUCUCUGUGUUCUGUGUUCCAGACACUGUCUUCUGUGUUCCAGACUCUGAGUUCUGUGUUCUAGUUUCUGUGUUCUAGUCUCUGUGUUCUGUGUUCUAGUCUCUUUGAUAUGUGUUCCAGACUCUGUGCUCUGUCUUCUAGUCUCUGUGUUCUGUGUUCUGUGUUCUAGUCUCUGUGUUCUGUGUUCUAGUCUUUGUGUACUGUGUUCUAGUCUGUUUUUUGUGUUCUGUGUUCUAGUCUCUGUGGGAUCUGAUCUAGUCUGUGUUCUGUUUUUAAGUCUGUGUUCUAGUCUAUAUGUUCUGUAUUCUAGCCUCUGUGUUCUGAGUUCAGUCUCUGUGUUCUGUGUUCCAGUCUCUGAGUUCUGUGUUCCACUCUCUGUGUUCUAGACUCUGGGUUUAAAUCUCUAUGUUCUGUAUUCUAGUCUUUGUGUUUUGUGUUCCAGUCUAUGUGUUCUGUGUUCUAGUCUCUGUGUUCUAGUCUCUGUGUUCUGUGUUCCAUUAUCUGUGUUCUGUGUUUUAGUCUCUGUGUUCUGUGUUCCAGACUCUGUCUUCUGUGUUCCAGACUCUGAGUUCUGUGUUCUAGUCUCUUUGUUCUGUGUUCCAGACUCUGAGUUCUGUGUUCUAGUCUCUGUGUUAUAAACUCUGUGCUCUGUGUUCUAGUCUCUGUGUUCUGUGUUCUAGUCUCUGUGUUCUGUGUUCCAGACUCUGUCUUCUGUGUUCCAGACUCUGAGUUCUGUGUUCUAGUUUAUGUGUUCUAGUCUCUGUGUUCUGUGUUCUAGUCUCUUUGUUCUGUGUUCCAGACUCUGGGUUCUGUGUUCUAGUCUCUGUGUUAUAAACUCUGUGCUCUGUGUUCCAGUCUCUGUGUUCUGUGUUCUAGUCUUUGUGUUCUAGUCUCUGUGUUCUGUGUUCCAGACUCUGUCUUCUGUGUUCCAGACUCUGAGUUCUCUGUUCUAGUCUCUGUGUUAUAAACUAUGUGCUCUGUGUUCUAGUCUCUGUGUUCUGUGUUCUAUUCUCUUUGUUCUGUGUUCCAGACUCUGAGUUCUGUGUUCUAGUCUCUGUGUUAUAAACUCUGUGCUCUGUGUUCUAGUCUCUGUGUUCUGUGUUCUAAUCUCUGUGUUCUGUGUUCUAGUUUUUGUGUUCUAGUCCUGUGUUCUGUGGUUUAGUCUCUUUGUUCUGGUCUUUGUGUUCACUGUUCUAGUCUCUGUGUACUGUGUUCUAGUCUGUUUGUUGUGUUCUGUGUUCUAGUCUCUGUGGGAUCUGAUCUAGUCUGUGUUAUGUGUUCAAGUCUGUGUUCUAGUCUAUGUGUUCUGUAUUUUAGCCUCUGUGUUCUGUGUUCAGUCUCUGUGUUCUGUGUUCCAGUCUCUGAGUUCUGUGUUCCACUCUCUGUGUUCUAGAUUCUGGGUUUUAAUCUCUAUGUUCUGUGUUCUAAUCUCGGUAUACUGAAAUCGAGUCUUUGUGUUCUAGUCUCUGUAUUCUAUGUUCUAGACUCUGUGGGCUGUGUUCUACUCUCUAUGUUUUGUGUUCCAGUCUCUGUGUUCUGUUUUCUAUUCUUUGUGUUUUGUGUUCCAGUCUAUGUGUUCUGUGUUAUAGUCUCUGUGUUCUGUGUUUCAGUCUCUGUGUUUUAGUCCUUGUGUUCUGUGAUACAGUAUCUGUGUUCUGUGUUCUAGUUCUCAGUUUUCUGUGCUCUAAUCUCUGUGUUCUUUGUUCUGGUCUCUGCGUUCUGUGCUCCAAUCUCUGUGUUCUAGUCCCUUUGUUCUGUGUUCUAGUCUCUGUGUUCUGUGUUCUGUGUUCCAGUCUCUGUGUUUCAAUCUCUACAUUCUGUGUUCUAGUCUCUGUGUUCUGUGUUCCAGUCUCUGUGUUCUGUGUUCUAGUUUUUGUGUUCUAGUCUCUGUGUUCUGUGGUUUAGUCUCUUUGUUCUAGUCUUUGUGUUCAGUGUUCUAGUCUUUGUUUUCUGUGUUCUAGUCUCUGUGUUCUGUGGUUUAGUCUCUUUGUUCUAGUCUUUGUGUUCACUGUUCUAGUCUUUGUGUUCUGUGUUCUAGUCUCUGUGUACUGUGUUCUAGUCUGUUUGUUGUGUUCUGUGUUCUAGUCUCUGUGGGAUCUGAUCUAGUCUGUGUUAUGUGUUCAAGUCUGUGUUCUAGUCUAUGUGUUCUGUAUUUUAGCCUCUGUGUUCUGUGUUCAGUCUCUGUGUUCUGUGUUCCAGUCUCUGAGUUCUGUGUUCCACUCUCUGUGUUCUAGAUUCUGGGUUUUAAUCUCUUUGUUCUGUGUUCUAAUCUCGGUAUACUGAAAUCGAGUCUUUGUGUUCUAGUCUCUGUAUUCUAUGUUCUAGACUCUGUGGGCUGUGUCCUAGUCUCUAUGUUUUGUGUUCCAGUCUCUGUGUUCUGUUUUCUAUUCUUUGUGUUUUGUGUUCCAGUCAAUGUGUUCUGUGUUCUAGUCUCUGUGUUCUGUGUUCCAGUCUCUGUGUUAUAGUCUCUGUGUUCUGUGUUUCAGUCUCUGUGAUUUAGUCCUUGUGUUCUGUGGUCCAGUAUCUGAGUUCUGUGUUCUAGUUCUCGGUUUUCUGUGCUCUAAUCUCUGUGUUCUUUGUUCUGGUCCCUGUGUUCUGUGCUCCAAUCUCUGUGUUCUAGUCUCUGAGUUCUGUGUUCUGUGUUCCAGUCUCUGUGUUUCAAUCUCUACAUUCUGUGUUCUUGUCUCUGUGUUCUAGUUUAUGUGUUCUAGUCUCUGUGUUCUGUGUUCUAGUCUCUUUGUUCUGUGUUCCAGACUCUGGGUUCUGUGUUCUAGUCUCUGUGUUAUAAACUCUGUGCUCUGUGUUCCAGUCUCUGUGUUCUGUGUUCUAGUCUUUGUGUUCUAGUCUCUGUGUUCUGUGUUCCAGACUCUGUCUUCUGUGUUCCAGACUCUGAGUUCUCUGUUCUAGUCUCUGUGUUAUAAACUAUGUGCUCUGUGUUCUAGUCUCUGUGUUCUGUGUUCUAUUCUCUUUGUUCUGUGUUCCAGACUCUGAGUUCUGUGUUCUAGUCUCUGUGUUAUAAACUCUGUGCUCUGUGUUCUAGUCUCUGUGUUCUGUGUUCUAAUCUCUGUGUUCUGUGUUCUAGUUUUUGUGUUCUAGUCCUGUGUUCUGUGGUUUAGUCUCUUUGUUCUGGUCUUUGUGUUCACUGUUCUAGUCUCUGUGUACUGUGUUCUAGUCUGUUUGUUGUGUUCUGUGUUCUAGUCUCUGUGGGAUCUGAUCUAGUCUGUGUUAUGUGUUCAAGUCUGUGUUCUAGUCUAUGUGUUCUGUAUUUUAGCCUCUGUGUUCUGUGUUCAGUCUCUGUGUUCUGUGUUCCAGUCUCUGAGUUCUGUGUUCCACUCUCUGUGUUCUAGAUUCUGGGUUUUAAUCUCUAUGUUCUGUGUUCUAAUCUCGGUAUACUGAAAUCGAGUCUUUGUGUUCUAGUCUCUGUAUUCUAUGUUCUAGACUCUGUGGGCUGUGUUCUACUCUCUAUGUUUUGUGUUCCAGUCUCUGUGUUCUGUUUUCUAUUCUUUGUGUUUUGUGUUCCAGUCUAUGUGUUCUGUGUUAUAGUCUCUGUGUUCUGUGUUUCAGUCUCUGUGUUUUAGUCCUUGUGUUCUGUGAUACAGUAUCUGUGUUCUGUGUUCUAGUUCUCAGUUUUCUGUGCUCUAAUCUCUGUGUUCUUUGUUCUGGUCUCUGCGUUCUGUGCUCCAAUCUCUGUGUUCUAGUCCCUUUGUUCUGUGUUCUAGUCUCUGUGUUCUGUGUUCUGUGUUCCAGUCUCUGUGUUUCAAUCUCUACAUUCUGUGUUCUAGUCUCUGUGUUCUGUGUUCCAGUCUCUGUGUUCUGUGUUCUAGUUUUUGUGUUCUAGUCUCUGUGUUCUGUGGUUUAGUCUCUUUGUUCUAGUCUUUGUGUUCAGUGUUCUAGUCUUUGUUUUCUGUGUUCUAGUCUCUGUGUUCUGUGGUUUAGUCUCUUUGUUCUAGUCUUUGUGUUCACUGUUCUAGUCUUUGUGUUCUGUGUUCUAGUCUCUGUGUACUGUGUUCUAGUCUGUUUGUUGUGUUCUGUGUUCUAGUCUCUGUGGGAUCUGAUCUAGUCUGUGUUAUGUGUUCAAGUCUGUGUUCUAGUCUAUGUGUUCUGUAUUUUAGCCUCUGUGUUCUGUGUUCAGUCUCUGUGUUCUGUGUUCCAGUCUCUGAGUUCUGUGUUCCACUCUCUGUGUUCUAGAUUCUGGGUUUUAAUCUCUUUGUUCUGUGUUCUAAUCUCGGUAUACUGAAAUCGAGUCUUUGUGUUCUAGUCUCUGUAUUCUAUGUUCUAGACUCUGUGGGCUGUGUCCUAGUCUCUAUGUUUUGUGUUCCAGUCUCUGUGUUCUGUUUUCUAUUCUUUGUGUUUUGUGUUCCAGUCAAUGUGUUCUGUGUUCUAGUCUCUGUGUUCUGUGUUCCAGUCUCUGUGUUAUAGUCUCUGUGUUCUGUGUUUCAGUCUCUGUGAUUUAGUCCUUGUGUUCUGUGGUCCAGUAUCUGAGUUCUGUGUUCUAGUUCUCGGUUUUCUGUGCUCUAAUCUCUGUGUUCUUUGUUCUGGUCCCUGUGUUCUGUGCUCCAAUCUCUGUGUUCUAGUCUCUGAGUUCUGUGUUCUGUGUUCCAGUCUCUGUGUUUCAAUCUCUACAUUCUGUGUUCUUGUCUCUGUGUUCUAGUCUCUGUGUUCUGUGUUCCAGUCUCUGUGUUCUGUGAUCUAAUCUCUGUGUUCUGUGUUCCAGUCUCUGUGUUCUAUUAUCUGUGUUUCAAUCUCUGUGUUCUGUGUUCCAGUCUCUGUGUUUUAGUAUCUGUGUUUCAAUCUCUGUGUUCUGUGUUCCAGUCCUUGUGUUCUAGUAUCUGUGUUUCAGUCUCUGUGUUCUGUGUUCCAGUCUCUGUGUUCUGUGUUCUAGUCUUUAUGUUCUGUUUUCUGGUCUCUGGGUUCUGUGUUCUAGUCUCUGUAUUUUGUGUUCUGUGUUGUAGUCUCUGUGUUCUGUGUUCUAGCCUAUGUGUUUUAGUCUCUGUGUUCUGUGUUCCAUUCUCUGUGUUCUGUGUUCUAGUCUUUGUGUUUUGUGUUCUAGUCUUGGUGUUCUGUGUUCUCUUCUCUGUGUUCUGUGUUUUAGUCUCUGUGAUUUGUGUUCUAGUCUCUGUGUUCUAGUCUCUGUGUUCUGUGGUCUAGUCUCUGUGUUCAGUGUUCUAGUCUCUGUCUUUUUGUCUCUGUAUUUUGUGUUCUGUGUUCUACUCUUUGUGUUCUGUGAUUUAUUCUUGUGUUCUAGUCUGUGUUUUAAUCUCUAUGUUUUGUUUUCUAGUCUCUGUAUUCUGUGUUCUAGUCUCUGCGUUCUGUGUUCUAGUCUUCGUGUUCUGUGUUCUAUUCUCUGUGUUCUGUGUUCUAGUUUCUGUGUUCUGUGUUCAAGUCUCUGUGUUCCGUGUUCUAGUGUCUGUGUUUUGUGUUCCAGUCUUUGUGUUCUGUGUUCUAGUCACUGUGUUAUAUUCUAUGUGUUUUGUGUUCUGGUCUCUGUGUUCUGUGUUGUUGUCUCUGUGUUCUGUGUUCUAGUCUGUAUUCUGUGUUAUAGUCUCUGUGUUCUAUUCUAUGUGUUCUGUGUUCUAGUCUCUGUGUUCUGUGUUCUAGUCUCUGUUCUAGUCUCUUUGUUCUGUGUUCUAGUCUCUGUUCUAGUCUCUUUGUUCUGUGUUCUAGUCUAUGGGUUCUAGUCUCUAUGUUCUGUGUUCUAGUCUCUGUUCUAGUCUCUUUGUUCUGUGUUCCAGUCUCUGUGUUUGGGGACAGAGAGCUGGUCCAUCUCGCACCUCCUAAAAGCUCUGCCUCCAAGCUGUGUGACGCUGCCCCCUUGCCACGCCUCUUGGAUCCAACCAGAGAAGGCCAGGUCAGACUGGUCAAACUCUUCAGAACGUUGUUUGCUCUGUACCAUUUCAAUUCCAGUUAAUUCAGAAAGGAAAUCAAAUUCCAAUUCCACAUUUUCCUCUUUGAAAAGCAUUGAAGGGAACUGGAAUUGGAGUUUCAGUGUACUUCCGGAAUUGACCCCAACCAUGCUCAUUAUCCCUAAAAUCUUUAUUAACAGAUGAGUUGAUGUAACAGCUAAAGCCUAAUUUAUACCCUACGUAUGUAGGCAAUGCAAGAACAGAGUUAGCAAUGCAAAAUGGCCAUCCUGUGUACGAUCCUGCGAUACUGCAUCGAGUUACAAAUUGUUGGACUGCACACGUUUGUGUAUUUUUGCUACGCAACUGCACAGGAUGGCCAUUUUCAUAGAUAAAUGUAGUUGUUGCAUCCAUCUGUAUCUAUGUCGAUAUAUAUAUAUAUAUGCAACUAUAUCGAUGUUGCAGUUUUCUCCAAAAUGAUUCAUUAAUGUUCAGUCUGAGGUCACCACUGUAUUCUUUAGUGUCCAGCUCCUGCCUCAUGUUGCCACUCUCUGUUCAGGUCCGUCCAGUCCAUCCACCACACGCGCUCAGAACCACACACUCCGAUGGGGCGGAACUCGACAACAGCCACCUCCACGACGACGAUGACGGUUGUCACGAUGACCACGUUCACCAUCUUCGCCAUGGCAAUAAUGACCGGCUAAAGAAGCUGCAGACGUUCUACUCCUCGGAGACGAAGGGCGGAGUCUCUAUAUCUCCCAGAAUGAUCCUGGAGACCACGGAGCCACGCCCCUCGGACAGAGAACACCUGGCAGGCGCCAUGGAAAUGGCCCAAACUGCCCCGCCCCCUCUCCCCCAGCUACGGAAUGCUGGGCUGAAGGAGGGAGGAGGGGGAGGAGGGGGGAGGAAGGUCACAUGGGUGGGCCACAUGGUGCGGCCGCAGGGCCCCACGGGGCUCCUGGUCAACGGGUCCAAACCCCCGGCCUUCCCCUCCCAGAGACAGCAUGCUCUGGUCAUCAAGAGCCUUCGCCAGGAGAGGGGGAGGAGAGGAGGAGGAGGAGGAGGAGAUAGAGAAGGAGGAGGGGGAAGAGGAGGAGGGAUGAGUGGAGGAGUGAAGCGUAACUCUGUUCAGCUGCGUCAGUCCUUACAGCGUCGAGUAGCUGACCUGAACCUCCCUCUGCUCCCAGCAGCCCAGCAGAGACCCUACUGA